AUGCGCGAGGCGUCGGACUCGGAGUGGGAGCUCAUAGACGUCGGGGGCGAGACUGAGUACUGGGACACGCGAGUGGGGGGCGAUGAGAACUACCUGGGCGAGGGCGCCUUCCGCCAGUCCGGCGCUGUCGAGUACGAGAUCAAAUGGGAGGGCUACUCGUCGGACGAGAACACCUGGGAGGAGGCGGAGGACGUGUCUGCCGAUCUCGUCGCGGAGUGGCACCGGGACGCGGCAGCGGCAGCGCGAGGCGAGACAUGCACGAGGGUGCUGCGCAGCGCGUUGGCGGACGCACUGGCGGAGGAGUGGGGAGAGGAGGAGGCCCUGUUGGGCGACGAGGUGCCGCUCCUCUCGCCGCACGGGCCCGACCUUUCGAAGCAGCUGCGACAUCUGCGCCGGCUGCUACGCGAGUUCCUUGCGGAGGAGGCGAAGGAGGGGACGGGCGUGCCGAUGCAGUGCACCCCGACGGGCCAGCAUCCGACCAUGCGCUGGACGCCAGGCCCAGGGGGGGCGGGUGUGCUGACCGAGGGCGACUUUGAGGUGCUCUGCCGGAUGGAGAUGGUACGCAUCGGGACGGUGGCGAUGAUCCGGCUGCUGGUUGCGGAUCCGAGCGGCUUUUCGGGGCUCGAGAUCGAGGACACUGGCUACGAAUCGUUCGAGGAGCUGUGGAUGAGGACACGGGGCGCUUCCUCUUCAGUCACGGAGACGUUCGAGGUGGAGCGGAUCUGCAAGAAGCUGGUCGACACCGGCAUCAAGAUAGGGAUGCACAAGCACAAGGUGGGCGCCUGGAGCCUGCGCAAAGACGCCUCGGAGCAGCCGGCGGCCGCCGGCGACGGCGAGGUUGCGGCGCGCGUGUACCGUGCGGAUCUGCGGACGCGCGAUCUCGGCGCGUACUGGAUGCGCCGAGAGGCGCUGCCGAGCGUUGAGGAGCACCGGGCGGCGGUCGGCAGCGUCGCGCUCGCCGAGGCCUGCGAGGCGGUGGCGACGGCGCUGCGAGAGUUGGCGGCGCGCAUGUCGACCCCUGCUGAGUCCUGA